CAUGGCUUAAUCAUAAUUUUCUCUCUCCUAACCAUUUUGUUUAAUGGUAGGAGUGUAGGAUUCUCGAUCCUAUUGCCCCCCAAAUCUCACUUUGUCUUAACUUCCGAUCUUGUUUUUCCCCACUUUAAACCCUAAUUCUCCGAAUCUUCCCCCUUUUUUUACUUACGAUUCCAGGGAUCUUUUCAAUUUCAACGCAGAUCCACUCAGAUUUGAUUCUUCCCACUUCAAAUUUCCCCCAAUUUCUUUUGAAGAUUUGGGGAAAAUGGGUUGGCGAUUAAACCCUAGAAAUAGUUUCGUUACUGUCCGAUUUGUUGUUCUCUCGAUUCUUUUCAUUGGGUUGUUGCUUGUUUCUGCUAUUUCAGCUCAGGAAAGUGGUGAUGAUGAUCAGAAUGAGAGGGUUGAUAGAUCAGUUAAGGAUUUGGGACGACGUAGUAAGAUUGUGCUCGAGCAUCUGGGAAAAGAGGCUGAUUCCAUACAUUUGGGCAUAAAUUUGGACUCUGGUUUAGGAGUUUUUGAUGCCUUUUUCGCAAGUUUAUGUAUGAUACUUGUGAGCGAGAUCGGAGAUGAGACGUUUAUCAUAGCAGCUCUAAUGGCAAUGCGUCAUCCAAAGUCCAUUGUCUUGUCUGGUGCCCUGAGUGCCUUGGUUGUGAUGACAGUUCUCUCCACUGGACUUGGUAGGAUAGUUCCGAAUUUGAUAUCGAGGAAGCAUACAAACAGUGCGGCUACAGUUCUUUAUCUAUUUUUUGGUUUGCGUCUGCUUUACAUUGCUUGGAGGUCUGACCCUAAAGCAUCCCAGAAGAAGGAGAUGGAGGAGGUUGAAGAGAAGCUUGAGGGAGGACAAGGCAAAACAUCAGUACGCCGUUUCUUUACAAGAUUUUUAACUCCAAUAUUUUUAGAGUCAUUUAUUCUCACCUUCUUGGCUGAGUGGGGGGAUCGUAGUCAGAUUGCUACAAUUGCUCUGGCGACACACAAGAACGCGUUGGGCGUAUGCGUGGGGGCCAUACUGGGGCAUAUGGUCUGUACGUCAGUGGCGGUGGUGGGAGGAAGUAUGUUGGCGUCAAGGAUAUCGCAACGCACAGUUGCCACGGUUGGUGGCUUCCUCUUUUUAGGAUUCUCCUUAUCUUCAUACUUCUAUCCUCCACUAUAGAACAAGUUUUUUGUAUUUGUUGGCUAACCUACAUUCAUGUAUUGUCAUCAUUUCACUUUUGGUUUCUCUAUUAUUUUUUUCACCUCUUUAUUCAGAAAUAUCAGAAUACCCUUUACACCAUUUCUUUUUCUUUUUCUUUUCCUUUUAUAAUUUUCUUUUUUUAGAUAUAUAGUGUCUCAGCUUUCUUCUUUCCUGGGGGUGUAACAUUUAGAAUCAUGUAAAAAGAAGAGAAGUUCUCCCAAUUUCUUCAUUAUAUCAAAUUGCUAUUGCAAGUUAUUCAGA